UCCGCCCCUUUCAGGGGGACGCGUUUCGGUGUGGGCAGCGUCCGCCGCGGCGGCCCUCCUGAGAGGGCGACGGACAGCCAAGACCCUCCCCGCGCCCGACCGCGUCUUCGUCCCCGUCCCCUCCCGGUUCCCGCCCUGGGGGCGGGCCUGCCGCCUGGAGAGGGAUGCGGCUAAGGUGCGUCCCUGUCUGCUCCUUGGCUCGCAGCGCCGGAGACCAGACGCACCGCUGUCGGCCCUCGUCCAGAACAAGGUAAAUAACCAGUUUGGGCUGGUUAACGUUGCUCCUGCCACACCCCUGCUGCUUGCUCGGAAUCUUCCGCACACAGCGCCAGGCACUGCAUUGGGUACCAGAAAGAGAGAGAGCACAAGCAGGGAAGGGGCAGAAGGAGAGGGAGACACAGAAUCCGAAGCAGGCCCCAGGCUCUGAGCUGUCAGCAAAGAGCCCGACAUGGGACUUGAACCCACAAACUGAGAUCAUGACCUGAGCCCAAGUUGGACGCUUAACUGACUGAGCCAUCCAGGCACCCCUGAUAUUUUGUUUUCUUUAAACUCUGAAGAUGUGUGUCUAAAAUGCAAGCUCAGCUGAGCAGGAACCUUCGGACGGCCUUGCCCUGCCCUCUAAAACUGGAUCAUGAAGGUGCUGGGAAGAAAUUACUUCUGGGUGUUGCUUCCACUGCUUCGCUUGAUGGCAGAUGCUGCGGAACAUGAAGAGGUGGCAAAACAUGCCAUCAAAUUGCACCGAGGGAAAGGGGCGGCCAUCACUCAGAGGAAGCAGUGGGUCCUCGAUGGUUGCAGGAAGCUCUCCGGGCUUCUUCGCCAAAAGACUGUGGUUCUUAACAAACUGAAAAGUGCAAUCAGAGCAGUAGAAAAAGACGUUAGCCUGUCAGAUGAAGAGAAGCUGUUUCAGGUGCAUACGUUUGAAAUUUUCCAAAAAGAGCUGAAUGAAAGUGAAAAUUCAGUGUUCCAGGCCAUCUAUGGACUGCAAAGAGCCCUGCAAGGAGAUUACAGAGAUGUUGUGAACAUGAAGGAGAGCAGCAGGCAGCGCCUGGAGGCCCUGAGAGAGGCUGCGAUUAAGGAAGAGACAGAAUAUGUGGAACUUCUGGCAGCAGAAAAACACCAAGUUGAAGCCCUCAAAAAUAUGCAACAUCAAAACAAAAGUUUAUCCAUGCUUGAUGAAAUUCUUGAAGAUGUGAGAAAGGCAGCCGAUCGCCUAGAGGAAGAGAUGGAAGAACAUGCUUUUGAUGACAAUAAAUCAGUGAAAGGGGUCAAUUUUGAGGCAGUUCUCAGAGUGGAGGAAGAAGACGCCAAUUCCAAACAAAAUCUCACAAAGCGGGAAGCGGAGGAUGAUUUGGGUCUUAGCAUGCUGAUCGACUCCCAGAACAACCGCUAUAUCUUGACCAAGCCCAGAGACGCGACAAUUCCACGUGCAGAUCGCCACUUCCUAAAGGACAUUGUUACCAUAGGAAUGCUGUCUUUACCUUGUGGCUGGCUGUGCACGACGAUAGGGUUGCCCACAAUGUUUGGUUAUAUUGUUUGUGGCGUACUUCUGGGGCCUUCAGGCCUGAACAGUAUUAAGUCUGUUGUGCAGGUGGAGACCUUAGGAGAGGUUGGCGUGUUCUUUACUCUGUUUCUUGUUGGCCUAGAGUUCUCUCCAGAAAGGCUGAGAAAGGUCUGGAAGAUAGCCUUACAAGGACCGUGUUACAUGACACUAUUAAUGAUCGCAUUUGGCCUGUUAUGGGGACACCUUUUACAGAUCAGACCCACUCAGAGCGUCUUUAUUUCUACGUGCCUGUCCUUAUCAAGCACACCCUUAGUGUCCAGAUUCCUCGUGGGCAGUGCCCGGGGUGAAAAAGAAGCAGGUGACGUUGACUACAGCGCGGUGCUGCUUGGGAUGCUCGUAGUGCAGGACGUGCAGCUGGGCCUGUUCAUAGCCGGCCUGCCCACCCUCAUCCAGGCCGGGACCGGCGCCUACUCGAGCAUUGUCAUGGAGACUCUGCGGAUACUGGCUUUGGUGGGUCAGAUUCUUUUCUCGCUGGCCGCGGCUUUUCUCCUGUGUCUCGUUAUAAAGACUUACCUCAUUGGACCGUAUUAUCGAAAACUGCAUAUGGAGAGCAAAGGGAACAAAGAAAUCCUUAUCGUAGGAAUCUCUGCUUUCAUCUUUUUAAUGUUAACGGUCACGGAGCUGUUGGAUGUGUCCAUGGAGCUGGGCUGCUUCCUGGCCGGAGCGCUUAUCUCUUCCCAGGGCCACAUGGUCACCGAGGAGAUCGUGUCUUACAUCGAGCCCAUCCGUGACUUCCUGGUUAUCAUUUUCUUCGCCUCCAUAGGCCUCCACGUGUUCCCCACUUUCGUGGCGUACGAACUCACUGUUCUGAUGGUCCUCACGCUGUCGGUGGUGAUCAUGAAGACACUCUGUGUUCAUUGGGUGCCUCUGCACAUGUCCCCUCGGUGUCAGGAGGGCCCCCCUCUGUUUUCUGCGUGGCAGUCAGUAAUGCGGAUGCUCUUGCAGUUUGCCCUGGCCGCCCUGGUCUUGUCUGUCCUCCUGCCGAAGAGCAGCCAGUACAUCAAGUGGAUUGUGGCUGCGGGGCUGGCACAGGUCAGCGAGUUCUCUUUUGUCCUGGGGAGCAGAGCACGCAGAGCUGGGAUCAUUUCUCGGGAGGUGUACCUCCUAAUCCUGAGUGUGACCACCCUCAGUCUUUUACUGGCCCCAGUUCUGUGGAAAGCCGCAAUCACAAGGUGUGUGCCUCGGCCAGAGAGACGGUCAAGUCUUUGAGGCACCAAGAGAGUACACAGCUUCGGGAGCUGACCCCCGUGUGGAACCGGACACUUGGGACACGUCCAGGACCACACGU